CUGCAGAUAACUUGCAACAUCUGAAAGAGCAAUCAGUAAGCAAAAAUGGAAGGUUAGGAACCACGGUCUGAUCUACGGCUGCGUCUCCACCAGCUGAGUCCAGUGUUGCCGGCCUAUUUAUCACUCUGUCAUCAGGAAGAGGGCUUGAAGGCAGAUUUGUCUAGGUGGAUGUUGCACAGCUUUGACAGCUGUUUCCCAUCAAUCUAGUCCUCACUAGCUGUUCAGAACCAUGUCUGACAACGGAGAACUGGAAGACAAGCCACCAGCUCCUCCUGUGCGGAUGAGCAGCUAUGGGGGAAAGGACCCGUUGUCUGCCAACCACAGCUUGAAACCUCUGCCCUCCGUACCAGAAGAGAGAAAACCUAGGAAUAAAAUCAUCUCCAUAUUCUCUAGCACUGAAAAAGGAAGCAAGAAGAAGGAAAAGGAACGACCAGAAAUCUCCCCGCCGUCAGACUUUGAGCAUACUAUCCAUGUUGGCUUUGAUGCUGUCACUGGAGAGUUCACUGGAAUGCCAGAGCAAUGGGCUCGGUUGCUACAGACCUCAAAUAUCACCAAGUUAGAACAGAAGAAAAACCCUCAGGCGGUACUAGAUGUGCUGAAAUUCUACGACUCCAAAGACACAGCAAAACAGAAAUAUCUGAGCUUUUCUGCUCCAGAAAAAGAUGGUUUCCCUUCAGGAACACCAACGACCAACGCCAAAGGUUCAGAGCCAUCAACAGCUGUGGCGGAUGAUGAUGAUGAUGAUGAAGAAGCACCACCUCCUAUUAUUGCUCCGCGCCCAGAUCACACGAAAUCGAUUUAUACACGGUCUGUAAUUGACCCCAUCCCUGCACCAGCUGGUGACGCUUCUGUUGACGGUGGGACAAAGUCAGGUGAUAAGCAGAAGAAGAAGACCAAAAUGUCAGAUGAAGAGAUCAUGGAAAAACUACGUACUAUUGUGAGCAUAGGUGAUCCCAAGAAAAAAUACACCAGAUAUGAAAAAAUUGGGCAAGGGGCUUCAGGUACAGUUUUCACAGCUAUUGAUGUGGCUACUGGGCAGGAGGUUGCUAUCAAACAGAUAAACCUGCAGAAACAGCCCAAGAAGGAGUUGAUUAUUAAUGAGAUCUUGGUAAUGAAGGAGCUAAAGAACCCCAACAUAGUCAACUUCCUGGACAGUUACCUCGUAGGAGAUGAACUGUUUGUGGUGAUGGAAUAUCUAGCUGGAGGCUCACUAACAGAUGUGGUCACGGAAACGUGUAUGGAUGAAGCACAGAUUGCUGCUGUUUGCAGAGAGUGCUUGCAAGCGCUUGAGUUCCUCCAUGCCAACCAGGUCAUCCAUAGAGAUAUAAAGAGCGACAACGUGCUGCUAGGAAUGGAUGGAUCAGUUAAACUAACCGACUUUGGUUUCUGUGCUCAGAUCACCCCAGAGCAGAGCAAGCGCAGCACUAUGGUUGGAACUCCUUACUGGAUGGCUCCUGAAGUCGUCACACGGAAAGCCUAUGGCCCUAAAGUGGAUAUCUGGUCCCUAGGCAUCAUGGCUAUUGAGAUGGUGGAAGGAGAACCCCCGUACCUCAAUGAAAACCCCCUGAGGGCCUUAUAUUUGAUAGCAACUAAUGGCACACCAGAGCUUCAGAACCCUGAGAAACUGUCCCCAAUAUUUCGGGAUUUCUUAAACCGAUGUUUGGAGAUGGAUGUUGAGAAAAGAGGAUCAGCCAAAGAAUUGCUACAGCAUCCCUUCUUGAAACUGGCCAAACCUCUGUCUAGCUUGACGCCACUGAUCCUGGCAGCCAAAGAAGCAAUGAAGAGUAACCGCUAACGUUAUUGCCAUGGCCUACAUUUGUUUUGUUUUGUUUUGUUUGUUUUUUUUUUACAAAUCUUUUUAAUAUAUGAAAUUGUUACACUUCUGGUGGGAGGGAAGAGAUUUGCGGGUGGGAUGGGGCGGGGGGAACAUCUGCAAAAGGGAAGCAACUCUCAUCCAGAAGACACCUGACAUAAAUUGUGGUGAAUCUAGUGAUCCCUUUCUGGGGUCCGGAAGGAAUUGAGGACUGAAUUACUGGCUUUUUUCCCUUUUUCUCCUAUAUUUUUUUUUCUCCAGACAGCCCAGAAAUGCCACUUAGCAUGCCCAGGGUUUUAAGGGCUUUAAUGACUUUACUGUAACAACUCCCAUUCAUUGUACCCUUGUGGGUGCUUUUAGUACUUGAAUGACUGAUUCAAGCUUUCAGAGAGCAGCACUAAUUUUACCAGCUGAUCUCUUUCAUUCUCCUCUUCCUCCUCUCUACCUGUAAAUUGCUCUAGUAAGCUCCCAAAUGACGAGAUUCACGGCAAAUGUGACUAAUGUGAAGGUACAUCUUGCCCCUUCUUCCUUAUACAAAUUAGCUGCCACUCAACUGUUUAAUUAAUAGUGUGGCUACUUAAGAAAUCACAAUACGAGAUAUAUUUUGCUUUUUAAGACAUGUAUGGAGAGAGGGGGAAGAGAAGGAUUCAAAUGCUUUUCAUAUGCCUGUGCUCUGUGGACUAUUAAUCAAAGAUGUGGCUACUUUGUAGAAACCUCAUGAUUGGUCAAGUCUUUGGAUGUCAGUUUAUGGAUAUGUAGGUAAGGGUCUGAUAGUUUAUUUAUGAUCAAAUGAUCAGCUAUAGUCAGGGCAAGAAAACAAUUCCAGCUGUCUUCCUGUGUGUUCUUUUUCCCAUUAGACUUGCUGGCCAGAAGCUUAAGGGGUAUUUUGCUUGGUGUGGUGGGUGGUUCAAAAACAUGUAUUGCAUCUGUGCUCUGACUUGGGCUUUGGAAGUUAUGCUGGUGCCUUUGACUUCUUAUUUUACAUUUUCUUUCUUGUAUCAAAUACAUUUUUGUAUAUGUUGUAAUUUUUUCCCCCAAGCAAGUAAUGCAUCAACGUAUGGAGUUGUCAGAAUUUAAGCAUUAGAGCUAUUUUUUUCCAGUUUUGUAUGUGCUCCGUUUGUAUUAAUGAAAUCAAAACAAGUCAUCAGAUCUGAGGACACUGAAGAUGCAGGUUUUCUCAAACAGAAGAUUACAAACACCUGGAAAUGCCAAAAUGCUGUUCUGAGAAGACGGAGGCCGAGACGGGAGAACAGUGCCUUCAGACAUCCAUGGGGCUUAUUUCACUGGCUGGUUUGGAAGCUGAAGAGACUUGAUGCAUCAUCACACUGACCCUUUCUCACUGCAGACAACACCAGCCUGAGCGGCUGAAGUUGAACAUUCAAUGCAAGAAAAAGUGCCUCCCCUUGAGGGACAGUGAGCGCCUUCAGCGUCUGAUUUCUUGAUGUGUUAAUGGGGCAAGUGUAAAAGAGCCUGUGCCCCCAGCUUCUUUUAGUGCUACAGUCUAUGCAUUUCAAUUUGCCCAACAGUUUAAUGAAGAACUAACUGUAGUUACAA